GAGACGGAGUAGGGUGACCUUUCGGGAGCGGUCUUGUGUUCCCUGUCGAAUAGUGUUUUGCCUCCUGUUAAAAUGCAUAGCGCCCCUAUCUGUAGAGAUGCUCCCUAACAAAAACAUCAUAAACGUUCUUAAUGAUAUCAAACUAUUUGGAGCGCCGUGUUCUCUGACAGUGGUAUCAUCUUGGGACAACACAUUGGAAAUCCAGGUGCCUCCAGAGCUCCACUUGGGAUUUUGCCUCGGAACGAGAAAAACUUCCACAGUUCUGCAGUUAGCACCAGAUAACGUUACCGAGGACAGUGGAGAGGAGGCGGAGGAGGAAGAGGGAAAAGAGCGUGGAAGAUCUGAAAACAACCUAAGCAUGGAAUCCUUAGCUCUCCGAAGAGGCAAGAGAAAGUGUCAGAAACCUCAGUAUGACACGGACAAAAUUAUUGACCUGUCUGUGCAACAGCCUCCACAAGAUAAGGCACAGAAAAAAACUGCAAAUGCCAAGAUGCAUGAAAAAGUGCUUCCACCUCCGCAUGACCAUCCAGGAACCUCUGCAAAAGAAAAGGCAAGAGAAAACGAAUACUCUACUUCACAGACACUUCUGCAGGAGGCUAGGCAAACCAUUGAAAGGCAAAAAGCUCUUAUGCUCAAAAAUGACAGGAGAGCUGAGACAGCAAUUAAGAUCUCACCUGUAAAGAAACAAUCUGGACGGAAGAAAGAUGACUCAGAUGAAACUGACCUUUCCUCAUCUAAUGAGUCCUCUGAUUCUGAAGCCAACACAGCAUCAUCUGAGGACAAGAAGCCCAAAAAGUCCAAGUCCAAGCGCAAAACAAAAAAGCUGAAAAAAAUGCAAGUGAAAACCCCUGAUCACUCCAUCCAGCGUUACAACAUGGUGCUGGAGAUGGUGAGGAAUGAUGGCAUCAGCAAAGCAGAAGCCUAUGCAAGGCUUGGAGUAGAUCGGAAUACCAUUGUAUAUCAGGCACCAAUUGCUGAACUUGCAGCUACCAACCACGAGCUGUACAAGACAUUGAGGUCUACUUUUAAAAGAAAGGACAGCCUCAAAAGACAAAGCUAUGAUGGGCUGGAGAAGAAGCUAAAGGAAGUCUUCAGUGAACGGAGCAGCAUCCUGCACCAGCUCUCCAAGACAUCAAAGGAGCUGGACAGCAUAAAAGGCAACCUUCAGUCGCUGAAAAAUGAUGACUCUGUGGCCAAGAAGGAUGUGCAGCGGAUUCUGGAGCUCAGCCACAAACAGAGAGAGGAGAUGAAGUCCCUCCAGGCAGCCUUGCAGAAGCAGCUGGAUGAGGCAAAUGAGAGAGCAGAGAAGCAGCAGGCCACGAUCAAAUUUCUUAAAGUGGAGAUGGAGAAAAAAACCAAAAUCAUCAAGGAUUUACAACAAGAGAACAAGAGCUUGAAAAACAAACUGCUCUCGGGACACAAACUUUGUGACGCCUAUGCUGAAGAGUCUAAAAAAAUCCAGGCUCAACUGAAAGAACUGCGGUACGGGAAAAAGGAUUUAAUUUUUAAGGGGCAGCAGCUAAUGGACUUGGAGCACAAGCUAACUGUAGCCAAGGAAGAACUGGAGAAGACUGCACUGGAUAAGGAGUCUCAGCUGAAGGCACUGAAGGACACAGUUCACAUCUGCUUCUCAGCUGUCCUGCACAACCAGCCCAGCAGCAGUCCCAGAUUCCCCACCUCCCCCACCCACUUGUUCAGAUACUCAUCACUCAUCAACAGCUCCAGAGUCACCUUUCAGCAGCCACAUGCCAAGGAUAUCUCUAAAGUUCAGAGAAUUGUCACAGCCAGUAAAUCACCCAUGAACAUUGGAGUAAUGAGCAGAGAGAGCGGCGGAGUUAAAGACUGCCAGAUGGAAAAGACUGGGGGCGACUGCUUCCAGAAUCAGACGGAGGAAUCAACCCCAGCAAGUAAAAAGCUACCAGAGACACAGCAGCAAAGGAGCCAAGCGCAGACUGAAAAAUCCACCACAAAGCUCUCAGACGACAGCGUGAAGGCAGAGGGAGGCAGCAGCAAAAAGACAAAGCCACAUGAAUACAACUGAGCGGACGGCAUAUCAUCCCAAAUGCAGAACUCCUGUAUUGCCUGAAGGAUCUUUCUAAGAGCACACACUUGCGCACUCUCACAAAAAACAAAAUGUGCGCCCACAC